CUGAAAAGGAUAAGCGAAUGGAUGGAUGGAUGGAUGGAUGGAAGAGCCUUUGGGAUUGGUCCAAAGUCAAGCCAGAAGGUCUCAAGCAGCAGCCGGGCUCAAGCUCAAACUAACAGAUAGGAAGCGAAGGCUGCAAGGACUGGUGUGGUGUGGUUGUGCUACGUGUUUAAAAGCCUGAUAGCAGCAUUCUGUGUCCCUUAGGAUAACUGAUAACUGGAUCCUGUUCAACAUAUUCAGACUAUCUUGCCUUUAUCUGGUUUCCCUUAUCCUAACAUUGAUAAUCAGGCUCAGCGGUCACAUGAAGAUUAUUAUCAGCUCAAUGAUUGUGUUCACAUGAAAGUGUUAAGUUCAGGUCUGCUAGGAGCAGAGAGGCUGAUUUUACAAAGGAAGGUAGAACCACGGUGUUAGAAAAGUGUGUGAUGCUUCUCAGUAUCACACCUCUGUCAUGAAGGCGCAGUAGAGUCUGGCAGUAGUUCCAUUAAGACGUUCAGCUCCAUCCACAAAGCUCCAUUCUUCCACACCAAAAAAAGGGUUGACCAAUCAGACUUGGCGCGCAUGUACAUCUUAAAACCCCUGAAGGUUCUCAUCUAUGUAGUUUUUAUGACGUUGCUUAGCAACCACCCACAAAACUGCUACAUUUGUAGCCACAUUUUGACUUUACGGCAUAACAAAAAGAUCUCAUUUAGACCCACAAAACUUAGAUAAUGUGCCACAGCCUGGCAAUCACCUAACAGAAGUAACAGCAGAACCUCAACAUUGCACAGGACCCAUCAAAAAACUGGCUAAUUAUUAUACUGAAUCACAUUUUGUCACUGCUUUAAGUAUAUCAGUUUGCCAACAGCCUGAAAACAAAUUUAAAAAAAGCUGUAGCAUGGACAUAUAGUAGUAGAAUUAAAUUGUAUAUUUAUUGUUAAAGCUCAUUGUAAAGAGUAAAGAGUUUAUCUGAUCUGCUGUUUUCUGGAGAUUUGAUAGAUCAGCAGGAGGUGAUUUCAUACUUACUAAUGCCUAAAUUUGAUCAGGUUAAGACUAAAAUUAGGUUGCUGGGGUUUUUGUAAAGAUACUUGAGACUGUGACUCUGAAUUAGUCAAAAUUGAAGAUGUUCCAGAUGUUUGGUGAUCACGUAUUUGAACAAAGUUUUUGCACUUUUCUCGGCACUGCAUUCGAUUCCUCUUCUCUCCUCUUUGUUGUUCUUUUUUUAAAAAGCUAUUUCUUUGUUUCCCGUGGCGGGCAGUGACACAUCGAUAAGCCCAGCUGUGAUGACGCUGGCACUUUCUUUUGUGUAGGCAGCGUUCACAGCUCAACGGGGGCGAGAUCAGCCCCGCAGACGGCCGCUUGUUUGGGUUCCAGUGUCAGCAAGAUGGUGAAUCAGCAGCAUGUGAAAGGGUGAGGGAGGAAUGGAGUGACACAGGGAGUGGUGAUGUCAUAUGAGUGAUAAAUAAUCAAACAUUUCUUGCAUAUGUCAGUAUCCUGCUGUGGGUCAGCUAAUUAAUUACAAAUACAAAAGUUUGCUCGUCUUGUUGGGAAAACAAAAAUAAAUUGGGUACUGAGCUGUCUCAGUUACAAAGUUGAGCUUUUUAAAGAAGCUAUGCAGAAGGUUCCCUGUGCAAAUACUGACACUUCUGGGUAUGAUGCAUCAGGGAAAAACAUGUGAAAAAAAUCUUCUGUCUUUUUAUUCCCUGAGGACAAGAUUAUUAUGAAACAGUGCUAAAAAGCAGAAACUGACGUUUCGAAAAUAGAAGAAACUGCAGUUCCUCUAGUGGCCACUUGGGGCUUGAUUCAAGACUCAAGUGGCCGCUAGAGUCCCCAUAGUUGAGACGUCCAUCUUUACAGCAAAAGUAAACGUGUUUCCAUCCUACUACAAAAAAGAUUUUAAUCUCUAAGUUUCCCCUUUCAUAACAUCUCUGAGCAAGGUGAAUUUUAUCAUAACUAAUUAAUUAACAACAGUACUGAGAGCACACUCGCCCAUAAAAUAAUUAAGUGGAAUUUAAAUGUUUAUUUUACCACUCUGUGCACUAAAUCCCAAGACUCAUGAUUUUCUGGAGCAUUAAUCUUACCUUUGCAACAGUGUUGUAUUUUUACGUUCUUUAUAGAGUUUUAUCACCAUUUUACAUAAUAAUGUCUCUGAUUGGAGUAGGUGGUGCUCAUAGGGAUCAUUUAUGCAGAAGAAGAGUCACAUGACACGUGAAAUCCCCGUUGUUAUGUGAGCGUGCACAGAUCCUGACGUAGAAAGUGUGGCUUAACAGAAAAAGUUGAUAACCACCUUCAUGAUACCUGUUAUCUCCAACUGUGGUUUUAGGAUUUGCCAAAACAGCCUGGCUGAUCUUCCUAAUGUGCACCUCGGAUUUACCUCCAAACAACAUCCAUGCAUGUCUGGUAUUUGUGGGUUCAAACACUGCUAUAAUUGGAGGCUCACAUGUGCUUUUGCCAGUUUUACAUGCAAUGCAGUAUAACACAUGUUGUGAAUCAAAUAUAAAGAUCAGACGUGGCUCUGCUUUUCUGACUUUUUAAAUCACAAGUUGGACAAUAGCAGAUCGUCUGGGUUUGAAUUAGCUGUGAAAUUGUUUAAAGUUAAACUAACUGGACACAUACAUCAGUAUUGGUCAACCUAGCAAAUUAAAUUAAUGGUGCAUUCAUCAAAAGCUCCCAUAAAAACCUGAAACCCAUCUUUACUGUUUUGCCUCGUUGGCCUAAAACAGCAAGAAUUGGAGGAAAGAUUGGCUCUUGGAAUAAAAGCAUAUACUAACUGUAUGGCUAUAGCGAAGCAGCCUCAGACCUUUGUGUGGUUCCUGUGGUGUUUUAAAGUUGGCGUAUCAAAACUGUUGACUUGUGUGAAUGUUUACAACACAGUAACUGUAAAGAAGCUUAUUUGUCUCAUUUUUAGAGCAGCCGUGAACGUGAUAAGGUGGGGGAUUUGAACAGUAACAUGCCUUCACACACAGUUUUUAAACUGCUGCAGAGCUGUCACCGUCUCCUCCCCCUCUUUGGAGGAGUUAUCUCAGGGUGAGGCAGUCACUCAGCCUCUGCCCCCUCAGUCUGACAUUUGCUGGUAUCUCUGAAAACAGACGUGGACCUGGGCCAAACAUUCCUGUCUGUGCAGCAGUUCCUGGGAAGGACACAGAAGGAGAUGUCAGCAGUGGGAAAAAACAAGGGUUGUGUGAGAAAAACCUUUCAUAGAAAAAUGUGUUCGUUUUAGAGGUUAAAACCAAGAAUGUUUUGAGAGGUUGACAUGAGCCACUGAUUUCUAGACUUUUUGACCACCGUGUUUGAUUUUUCUGAGCCAGAAGUGUACAUUUUUGAAUGAUCACUGGCUCCUGUCCAGUUGGGCAUUUUAGCUUCAGAUACUACAGGGAUUGAGUCCUUUUUAAAAACGGCCUCAAGUGGCCACUAGAGGAACUGCGGAUUUUGGCCCUCUGAAGUUUUUACUCUCAGCUAAAAUUUAGUGGCAUGUUUUCAAAGCACAUCAUCCAGGUAGUGUCACAUUUUAUGACAUGAAUGGCUUAAUCCCACAUUCCCAUGAUCGUGCUUGCUCUGUCUUCAUUUACUUUCCCAGCAGCCUCAGUGGCUCUCUGCAGAGGCAGCAACUCCCAGACCAAACACUAGAUUACAGCAAGGACGCUGGACAGGACAAUAACUCCUCCUCCCCUCCAUUUUCUCAAAUCCCCCACUUUAUAAUCCUCAAGGAAAUCUCCUCCCCUGAGGAGGAGUGUGUUUGUGUGUGUGUGUUCAGACUGGGAGCAGCAGGAGGAGGAGGAGGAGGAGGAGGAGGAGGCAGUAGCUCUUGAGUCAUGGGGUUGUCAGAUUCCUCUGGGUGCUCGUCUCCAUCAGGCUGGUGGGAGUACUCAUGUUUAAGUGCGUCUUUUUUUGUCCUCAAGUGUUUUUUAAAAAGCAGCGGGUGUGGAGAAAUGGAGGGAAAGUGUGCACUGUGAAGCAAAACUAUCAGCUUACACGUACACAUGAAACAACUUGUUUCAUGUAGCUGGAAGAAUGACCCAGGCUCACGUCCUCAUUCCUGGUAUGCCUCGAAGCUGACAGAGGAGGAGCCUCCUGAGAGAGAGGCUACCCAAGCCCCAGUCUGGCAGCCAAAGCAUGAAGCAAGGCCCAAAGAGUCGUCCACUCAAGGAGAUCAGAACAUUCAGCAUCAGCAAACCAGUCAGAUCAGCUCAGUGAAAAACAUGGAGAAACUUGAGCGUCCCUCACAUCCCUACCCAGCAGGUCGUCUUUCCCCAAAUAAAUACACCAGCAGUGCUGAGCCAAUCUGUGGACUGGGACCAGGCAAGAGGGACUCUGGGUUUAGCUGCUUCUCAAGUGGCUCCAGCCCCCCUGUUCAUGACCUUAAUGCAUCUGGUAGAAAGGGAACAAGCACUGAAAGCAUUUUCUUCAAGGGUGUUCAUAAUGAAGGACCUCAGCAGAAUGAGCGGCCCAGAUAUCUGCAGCCAACACUGGGGAACGGAGGCUGGAAGGAGCAGCCAGCAUCUCGUGUUUCCAUUGCAGGGAGACCCAACGUAGGCCCAGUGUGGCAGGUACCAGACAGGAAAAAGUCUCAGUCUCCUCCUCCGCCACCUCCUCCCCUGCGUAGUGACAGUUUUGCAGCUACAAAGGUGUUUCCAUACUCUGAAGGUCCAGCAAAAAGCCACGGCACAUCAUUUGAAAAACUGCCAGAAAGUAACCACCACAAUGGCAUCAGAUCCCAUCAGGAGAAAUCCUCAGAAACCAGACGUAGCUUCAACCCAAUACCUGCCAAAGACUUCCUCCAUCCAAACAUGCCGGCUGAUUACAACCACAACCAGCUCAACCCCAACAAACACUUCUCUUUGUCCAGCAGUGAUGUCAGACAGUUUCAUUACACCCAACCACCUGCCCACCAGAGGCAGUUCAGUGAUGAAAGUCCCUUCUACUUCCUGCAGACUGGAAAGGCUCCUCCCACCAAGACUCAAAGUGUAGGAAGCUACUACCGCAGCCUCCAGGAUCUGCCCACAAAUGCUUUCAGCCGCAGGCAGAUGCCGCACUCUGCAGCAUCCAUGGUAAGCACUGCUACAAACCCAAACCUGGAGAGUGGAGGGCAUAAGAGAUACUACGGUCUUGCAAGUAAGACUGCGCAGUACAAGGCUAGGCAGGGCAAAACUGAAAGCCGGAUGACAGAAACAGAGAAACACCACUGGGUGAACAGCAAUGAAACAGGGUACCCAAGUUCUCUGAAGACUAACACUAAGGCAAAGUACUCACUGCCACAGUCCCAAAUACCUUAUAUUGAAAAUAAGGAAUGCCAUACCCAUUCCCACUUUGGGAAUGGACUUCACUACAACCACCAGACCUCUGAAAUUUCUGUUCAAAGAUGUAGUCCAGAGGAUACUGCAAAGAGAGGUGAAGGUCACACUAAUGACAUGAAAAUACAGUUUCCAGUACAUCAAGUCAAAGAUCACAAGGCUAAUCUUCCAAGACAUCAAGACCCAUGGGUCCCUCAAGAAGACCAACGAAUCACCGCCCUGAAAACUCCACUCCUCCACUCCCUGACUCUGGAAAACAAGACUCUGGCAGCAACAACCACAACUGUCUUGUCCACCCAGGACACCAGUGACACCAUGGCUGCUAGCAGUGGAAAAGCAAAUCGCCGCAGUGACCGUUAUGCCACCACCCUUCGGAAAGAGAUCCAGCAGAAGCGAGCCCAGCUGCAAAAGAGCCGCAGUGCUGCAACUCUGACUUGUGAUGCAGAGGAUGAGGAUGCAGAGGAAUGGAGAUCUAUGGAAGCUUCUGCAUCUUCUGCUGCUUCCUAUUCAAAUACUUACAAGGACCACCUGAAAGAGGCGCAGGCCAGGGUCCUCCAGGCCACUUCCUUCCAGAGACGAGACCUAGAACCCCAGGGACCAGAGGCCUCUGUGCUUAAAACCUCAAAUGGGCGCACUAGAGGACGUAAGCGAUGUCAACUGGCAAAGAGGACGCACUCGUUUUCAGAGCCUGACAAAAUAGACAAAGUGGGAGUGGAAGGAGAAUCCCAAGCAGGCUCAUUUGGGGAGCGGAGGAAGUUCUUUGAGGCGAAACCAGCCUUUUCCAGGCCUGUACUGAAGUCAAGUCAGAGUGCAAACUCGAACACAGACCUGGAUGAGUCGGGCAAACCCAAAGAGAGAGCACCUUCUAUAGGGUCUGUUGAGCCUCCUCCAUCCACAGACCCCAACCACCUCAACCCUGGACAUAACGAAGUCUUACUAGAGCAGCAGAGGCUCGGAACAUUUGCUGAGUAUCAGGCCACAUGGAACAAGCAGAAGAAGUCAUCGGAAGGCAAGACGCAAGGGCGGUAUCACUCAGCGGAGAAUAUCUUAGAUGCAGGUGCAGAAGAGAAGGCCAUCUGCAUCCAUGAGAGAUCCAGAUCUUCGCCUUCUGCAGACUUCUAUACACAGAAAAUUCCUUCUUCUUGGAGAGACACUCAGGCCCAAAAGGGCAGUUUAGCUACCAGAGUGAAGUCGGAGAGUCGGAGUUAUGAGCCUGACAACAGCCCACAGCUGGUCGAGGGCCCCUCCCCAGGGCUCCCUGACCAAAGAACAAAUCCCGCUGCCAUUCCCGCCCACACCACACUGUCCUCCGGCCCUCGCAGCCUCAGCCCCAGCCCUGGUUCCAAGCACCCAGCCCAGCCGCCACAAACCCAGAGCCUCCUGCCGCCACCCAGGCCCCAUUUAGGCCUAGAAACCACAUCCUCCUCCCAGGAAUUCCUCGCUGGCGCCCAGGCAGACCCGGCUGGAGUCCAGCCUCUGUCCAGCGCUGCCUCUGACACCCAGCACCAUGCUGCCACCUCCACUGCCGCUGCUGAUCAGGUCUCCUCUGCUGGCCCCGCCUCGGCCAGCUCCCCUCGCCUCAGAGAGAUGUCCUGUGCAGACGAGAGCAAAGCAGCCGAAGGACAUGAAGUGAAGGAACAGCCGGCUUCACCUUCUCCUUCCUCAUCCCCUCUCUCUUCCUCCACCUCCUGCACGGCCCCUCUGCCUCUUCCCGGGCCCGAUGGAGCACGGUCCCCCUCGCCACAUUUUGCGCCACUGAGGCUGACCGACAGACCGCCCGCCGCGUCUGUGCAGAAUGACUCACUGCUCAGGUCAGAUAGCGAAUCAAAGCGCCCCGCAGUGAUGGACGUUAGCGGUCAGGUGAGGAAAGUCCCCGUGAGGAUCAUUCACGCUGAGAGCAGCACAGGACGCGAGGGUCGAGCCUACCUGCGUCAGAACAGCGGGUCCUGCAGCCUGUCCGAGCUGCCACCACGCAUCCCUUCCCUGGGCGCCGCGGAGCGCUUGUCCUCAUCUCGGUUCAGCACCUACAACCGCCAGGCGGCACAGGAGUCAGCCCCCGAGACCAGUUCACCUGGGCCCCAACAUUCAGAGGAGGACGCCAAGAGAGAGGAGCUGGUGAGGGACAUUAUGGGUAAAGACAAGUCUCUGGUGGACAUACUGGACCAGAGUGGCAGGAAGACCACCAUGGACCUGAUGGAGGGGCUCUUCCCACCAGAGGAGGAGAUCCUGGAGGGGGCCCAGCAGCGCAGGAAGGCCUCAGCUGGAUCCAGACUGCUCACAUCGUCCCCCAGGAGCACAGACAGAAGGGAGGAGGAGGAAGUGUCUGUAUCAGCAGCCGCCUCACUAGUCCCCAGCUCCUCCUACUAUAACACGUCCGCUCCUAAAGCUGAGCUCCUCAUCAAGAUGAAGGACAUGCAGGAGCAGCUGGAGGAGCAAGACUCAGAGGAUGAGCUGGAUGUUGAUUUGGUCAAUAAAAAGCAAGAGCUGAUCUCCAGCCUUGCGAAAAAGCUGGAGGUGCUCCGGGAGGCAAGGCAGAGCCUGCAGGAGGAUGUGGAGGACAAUGAGGCUCUGGGCCGUGAGGUGGAGGCCAUCGUGCAGCGCGUCUGUCAGCCCAACCAGCUCGACAAGUUCCGCAUGUUCGUGGGAGACCUGGACAAGGUGGUGAGCCUGCUGCUGUCACUGUCGGGCCGGCUUGCCCGGGUGGAGAACGCCCUCAACAGCCUGGAGGAUGAAGCACCACCAGAAGAGAAGCAAACCCUGACUGAGAAGCGAAAGCUGCUGAUGCGGCAGCACGAAGACGCCAAGGAGCUGAAGGAGAACCUGGACCGUCGGGAACGACUGGUGUCCAGCAUCAUGGAGGCCCACCUGGACAUGGAGAGCCUGGACGACUACAGGCACUUCGUGAAGAUGAAGUCUGCGCUCAUCAUCGAGCAACGCAAGCUGGAAGAUAAGAUCAAGCUGGGCGAGGAGCAGCUGAAGUGCCUGAUGGACAGUCUGCCACUAGAGCAGAGGCCACUGCUCUGAAUCAGACAAGAGGAUGAACCAUGUAGCAUUUUUAUAUGAACAUCUUUGAAUUGCGUGUGAGUUUAUGACCUCAGCCUAGAUUUGAUGCUGGUGGAGUUGCUGUUGUUUGUUAAAACCAAACUGAGGAGCCUCAGAAACCAAAUCAGACACCAGGAUUAGUCAGUUACACCUUAAACAGCUUAGAGUGGACCACCACUGCUCAUUUCCAGCUCUUAUUGUGAUUCUUGGACUCUCAUAGAGUAGCUUCACAUGACUCACAGGUUAAAAUUGUUCCUUUUUUCUGGGCCCUGGUGCAGCACGACAACAGCUGUUUUACCUUCUAUAUGUCUGACUGGUUGCCCCUCGUAAACAGUGGGUGGGACUUCUCCACGACAUAAUUUAAAGCAAAGACUAGAAAAAAACUGUCCAAAACCGAGUGUUUGGAUCUUUUGGGCCACAGGGAUGGCCAUACGUAGUAUGAACAUAAACAUAGAGCACAUAUAACAGGUCCACUUUAAAACUGUGGGGUGUUUUUGAUGGUCAUUUUUUACUCAGAAGGAUUUGACAAGAACACAAAUGUGUUGUCAUUUGAUUAGUGGAAUCAUGCCAGGCAUGUUUGUCUUGGACAUACAGGGCGGCAAGAUACCUCUCUGCUUUGGUCUAUUUCUCACAUUAUUUUGCUGCUUAACAGACUUAAUUAAAGUCAGUAAUAGAUGAAACCAUUAUUGCGUGCAGGUGCUGUAUCAGAACUCCCCUUUUGGCAAAAUGGGCUCAGAGUGUCAGAACAUUACUUGUUACCCAAGCAGAGGCUGACAAAUAAAGAUGAAACCAGAAACCAUAGACUGUAUAUAAAAGAUGGGGGACCACAAUGUCACCAUUUGGUUAGCGAAUUUCGCUUAUGAAGCCUUAGCUUGAGAUUUUUUGGUGUCUUUUAUGGGCUCAAAAUGUGGUCAUAAAUAUUUUGUACUUGUAAAAAAGAUUUGUAUGUGUAAAAAAGAUUUGUG